GGUGUGACGUUUCCCUGACUACAACUCCCAGCUGCUCGCUGCGGCGCAUGCGCUUCUGCGGCGCGCGCCCCUCCCCCGCCCCGCGGCCUAGCUCCGAGUAGGCGGCGGCAAGAUGGCGCUCACCAGUUUUUUGCCAGCUCCGACCCAGCUGUCCCAAGACCAGCUAGAGUUAGAAGAAAGAGCAAGGGCUCAGAGAUCCAGGCAGGCUGCUCUGGUGUCAUCACGAAGGGAGCCUCCCCCGUAUGGUUACCGGAAAGGAUGGAUACCGCGGACGUUAGAGGAUUUCGGAGAUGGGGGUGCUUUUCCAGAAAUUCAUGUGGCCCAAUAUCCAUUGGAUAUGGGUCGAAAGAAGAAGAUGUCCAAUGCUUUGGCUGUUCAGGUGGAUGCAGAAGGAAAAAUAAAAUACGAUGCAAUUGCUCGACAAGGGCAAUCAAAGGACAAGAUUAUUUACAGCAAAUACACGGAUCUUGUGCCAAAAGAAGUCAUGAAUGUGGAUGAUCCCGAACUGCAAAGACCAGAUGAGGACACAAUUAGAGAGAUUACAGAGAAGACGAGAGCAGCCUUGGAGAAAUCUGUCUCCCAGAAAAUUGCAGCCGCUAUGCCAGUUCGAGCAGCUGACAAACUAGCUCCCGCACAGUACAUACGGUACACUCCAUCGCAGCAAGGCGUUGCCUUCAACUCUGGAGCUAAACAGAGAGUUAUUCGGAUGGUGGAAAUGCAGAAAGACCCUAUGGAACCUCCAAGAUUCAAAAUUAAUAAGAAGAUUCCACGUGGACCACCUUCUCCUCCAGCACCCGUAAUGCACUCUCCUAGUAGAAAGAUGACUGUGAAAGAGCAACAAGAGUGGAAAAUUCCUCCAUGCAUUUCAAACUGGAAAAAUGCAAAGGGUUACACCAUCCCAUUAGAUAAGCGUCUGGCUGCAGAUGGAAGAGGACUGCAGACUGUUCACAUUAAUGAAAACUUUGCCAAGCUUGCUGAGGCUCUCUAUAUAGCUGACAGAAAGGCUCGUGAGGCUGUAGAGAUGCGUGCCCAGGUGGAGAGGAAAAUGGCUCAGAAAGAAAAAGAGAAACAUGAGGAAAAGCUCCGAGAAAUGGCCCAGAAAGCAAGAGAAAGAAGAGCAGGGAUCAAAACCCAUGUUGAAAAAGAGGAUGGAGAAGUUAGAGAAAGAGAUGAAAUAAGACAUGACCGGCGCAAGGAGAGACAGCAUGACAGAAAUCUAUCCAGGGCAGCUCCUGAUAAAAGGUCAAAGCUGCAGAGAAAUGAAAACAGAGAUAUCAGUGAAGUUAUUGCGCUAGGUGUCCCCAACCCCAGGCCAUCUAAUGAAGUCCAGUAUGACCAGAGGCUGUUCAACCAGAGCAAGGGUAUGGACAGUGGCUUUGCUGGAGGAGAGGAUGAGAUUUACAAUGUUUAUGACCAGCCUUGGAGAAGUGGCAAAGAUAUGGCUCAAAACAUCUACAGACCAAGUAAAAAUGUCGAUAAGGAUAUGUACGGUGAUGAUCUAGAGGCUCGAAUAAAGACCAAUAGGUUUGUUCCUGACAAAGAAUUUUCUAACUCUGAUCGUAACACCAGAGGAAGAGGCAGAGACGGCCCAGUUCAAUUUGAGGAGGAUCCUUUUGGUUUGGACAAGUUUCUGGAAGAAGCUAAGCAACAUGGUGGUUCUAAACGGCCAUCCGAUAGCAGCCGCCCUAAAGAACAUGAGCAUGAGAGCAAAAAGAGGAGGAAGGAGUAAGUGCCUCUGUACCUUGAGUAGCAAUGAAAUGGACUACAAGCAUGGACUUCAUACAAAAGGCAUUUUUUAAUAUCAGAGGUAUAUAGGGGGAUGUCACGUAAAGAAGCAGUUCAGAACUCUUGUGCUAUGUGGAGAUGCAUAUACACACACUAGUUCCUCUGCGAAGGACAGCUACCUAUGAAGAGUGGAAAAAUGGAGACCACUUGGAAACAUUUCACAGGGGGAACUGUUCUUUAGCAAGUACUCUGACUUUGCUAAUUCCCUGUUGCCCAGCACCUCAGGGUAAGAAUGUAGCCUCUUCCCACCCCUGUAGUUCUAUUAAGUAGCUGAAGCUUUUAUUUCAUUUGUUACAAGCUCUCCCCCACUGUAAAUAGUUACUGUCUCAUCCUGUAAUAGAUGCUAGAGAGCUUAUGCCUGUGUUUCUGUGUGGUUCCAUAGUUUAUUUGAACAAGGAAGGGAAACAGCUGGAUUCUGUUUUAAAUCCAAUACUCACAGUUUCUCCAUUAUCUUUAUUUUAGUUUCUUUAUGCCUAGUGAAAUAAAGCCUCUUUCCACAGUUCAUUCACACUGAUUCUCUCUUUGGUUGAAGGUGUCUUCUACCUUGCUGCUGUCUGAGAGAUAGCUGAAAAGAAUGAAAAUUGUUCACGUUAGGCAAGAAGCUUUGACUUCUUUUUAUUUCUGAUUUUCUGAAACAUUUGUAUGGAAGGUAGACCUUAAUGUGUGAGAGCCAUAGUGACAGCUGCUGAGUCCUGGAAGGAAUGUGAAAUAAAAUUUGCUGAUGAGA